AACAAUAACCAUUUAAACAAUAUUCUUUGUAAAUCCCAAAAGUGUUAAGAAAAUAAAAAAGUUUAGUGGAAAAAAUACCAGAACGAUCCCAAUAAUUAAUCACUCAGUGAAAUUUAUGAAAAUUGCGUAAAUUUUUGUUGUGUGAAAAUAUAAAAAAGUUGUUUCUUUCGAUCAGCUUUAUCUGAUUUAGAGUGGCGCCAAGUAAACAAAAAUAUUGCCUCCCUCCAUGUUGGCUGCUUCCUGUGCUUGUGCGAUGAACGAUGAACAUGCAACAAAAGUGUGUUCGUUGAAUAAACCCGAUUAAUAAAACAGUGUAUGGUGAUUGAUUCUCUCGACAUAUGUUUGGACGUUGUCGCCCUUAGUGACAUCGACAAGCAAUACUCAAUUUUGACCACAACGUCAUCCGCAGCAGUACCUAUAGUAACAACCACAACAAAAAUUUUUUUAAAAAUUGUGUCGCGUUUGUGCGGAAGGUAGUCCUUGUGGGGCGAAUAAUCACAUAUUUUAGUUCAAUUUAUCGCUUCUGUUCGUUGAUUUCUGCAAAUCAAACAAUGGCUGUGGUCCGCAAAAAACAGGACGAUAAAUAUUUAGAAGCUUUACGUGAGUUAAUCACCCUAGGAGGUGGCAACCGUCAAUGUUUCGAUUGCGGGCAAAAAGGACCUACAUAUGUUAACAUGACUAUUGGAUCCUUCGUUUGCACACGCUGUUCGGGUGUACUACGCGGAUUAACACCGCCCCAUCGCGUGAAAUCCAUUUCAAUGGCAACUUUUACCCAGGAAGAGAUUGAUUUUCUAAAAACGCACGGGAAUGAUAUAUGUUCCAAGACCUGGCUGGGCUUAUGGGAUCCUAAACGGGUAGUACAUCAGGAUCAACGUGAAUUGAUGAUCGAUAAGUAUGAGCGCAAGCGCUACUAUCUAGAGCCGGCUAGUCCCUUAAAAUCACUCACAAACGCCACAAAUUUGAAGACAACUACAGCGUCCGCAGGUGCGUUUGCAUCCAUUUCAGCGAACAAAAAUUGCAUUACACAAACUAGCAGCAACAAUAACAGCAAUAGCAAUAACGAAAACAAUAAAAAUCGUAACAAUAAUUACAAUCAAAACAAUAAUCAUUCGCAAUUAACACCGCCCAGUUCUCAAUGCAAUGGCCUGCGCAGGAAUGCUUUAACGCAGAAAAUGACAACAACAUCAACAGCAGCUAUAAGCCGUCCCCAGCACAAUACUCUACUGCAAAAUAGCUUUAAUGGCAUCAAAGAAACAGACGCUUUCGGGUCGGGCUCGGUUGGAGCCAUGUCCGAUACUAGCAGUUGUGCCAGUAACGGUUUCAGUGGCGAAGCAGAUUUUGUGGCUGAUUUCGGUACAGCCAAUAUAUUCGAUGCUACUACUGCAUACUCACCGGAAAUUUCCCCGUCCAAUGGCUACGCCAAAAUUCAGACUUUAAAACCUACUCGCCAAUCCCUAAAUGAUGGUAAUCAAAAAAAUCCUGCGCAAAUUUCUGUCCCAUCUAUACCCAAUGGGCAUAUUAAAAGUGAAAAUGAAUGCGGACAGUUUCUAUGCAAUGCUAACACUGAGAAUUUUGCGGAUUUCGAACACGCGCCCAUUUACAACGCUGCAGAGUCACAACCUAAUGUUCUUGAAAAUAUCAGCUGUAAAUUUGUAAGAAAAUAUGCCAUUCGUAAAAAAUCGGUGACAGGAUCUAGUGCAAGCAAUAACCAGUGUCCAGACGAUAGCCAAAGCAGGGCGAAGGAAUCCUCGAGCAUAGCGGAUGUGGUGCUUAGGGAUUGUCAAAACAGGUUUGAUAAUCCUUUCGAUUAUUUCGAUGCCAUUGUUAAUUUGAACAAUGCCGAUAACCAGUUCAAGGGACAACGUGAACAUAUUAACGAAAAACAAGCAACUAAUCUUAGUCAAGUGGCGCCGAAUAAUAAGUUAACACCCUUUACAUUGGUAGGAAAUAAAUUUUCUUUUAACAGCGAUUUCCAUAAAGCACCUGCAGAUGAUGUAAACCCAUUUCAUAGCUUCUGCAAUACGACUUGGACUAAUUGGCCAGCAGACCAAGAUAGCUCAGCAGACCAAACAUUUUGCUUUAAUAAUUUAAGUCAUCAAGAACGCCCGCAAACUAUACCGCAACAAUAUAUUACCCCCUUCCCCUGGCCUAACUAUAAUGAUGGAUGCAAUUCUGAUGAUAAUCGCCGCAUGCAAUUAUCAGCGAUACCAGUGACCGUCUCAGUUUCAUCGCCGUCCUCCUCCUUAACGUCGAUGGCAACGACGUGCUCAUUAGAAACGUCACCAUCAACGAGCAGUGCGACAAGCAUCGUUCACCAAAAGCUGAGUCUUACGAAUCCAUUUCGCGUACAUCUCCUUAAUAAUGGCAAUUGUUGCGAUAGUAGUAGCUUUACAAAUUCUAACGAAACGGGUGUAAAUGUUCUUUCCAAACCUGGCCCUAACUUGGCAGCGUCCUCUACUCGUACAAAUUGCGAAUUUAAUUGUAAUUAUUUUGAUAAUGAAAGCAACAGCCACACAAGCGAUGACCAAACUAAUCAAUCCUUAGCAAAUUUUGCGAGUGAUACGACAACCGCGCGUAAAAGGCAAAGUGUAUUGUCACGUCCUUCCUACAAUUCCGCAACUGCUUCUGUCAAGACGAGUACUGCUCUUCCGGCUAUAAAUUCUGUUGAAAUUGUUCAAUGUCACCGGCAUGAUCCUGAUAAUGAUAACGAUAACGGUAUUGAUGAUGAUGUUGAUGUGAAUGUUCAUCUAGCAAAUGCUAAUUCGACGAUUCAAAAUGCAAACAUAACGAGCUUUUGCCCUUCUAGUUAUUUCUUUUCAAAUUUAAACAAAAAUAUGAGUAACAGUUGCUGUCUUCCUAUGCCCGGCGGAUUCAGUAAUAAUCAUUUUAUGAAUUCUACAAGGGAUUGUAAUAAAAGCAAUCAGAAUUUUUCGAAAGGUCGUAGCAUUAGUAAUAACGAUAAUAAUUGCAAUAAUAAUAAAAAUUAUUACAAUAAUAAUAAUAAUAAUAAUAGUAAUAAUAACAAUAAUAGCCAAAGUUCACCUUCCGAGGACCGCUAUGCUGCUUUAAAAGAUUUAGACGAACAGCUAAGAGAAAGCAAAGCGAUAGCUGCACAAGCAAUCUCUACAGUAACUUCAAAUGUCGUUGAAAGCGGCUUUGGUAAUCCCUCCAAUAAUAAUCAAGUGAAUCCUUUUGCUACACAAUUACCGCAAGAGCAUCAGCAAUCGCAGCCAGCCAAUCCAUUUCGAAAUGCCACCCACAGUGCCGCCCAACUCUUCGGUCAGAUGACAUUAAUACCGGCUUUAGCAACCGCCAACGGUCAAAAAGCUCAGGCCAAUGCAAGUUUCUUUAAUUAUACGUCAAACGGUUUUAAUGCAGCUGUCGUGAAUGGAACUAACGGUUGUGGAUUUGGAUUCGGUACCUUACAACAACAAAUCGCAUUAACUGGCCUUGGCUUCACCGACAAUACAUUUAAUAAUCCAUUUGCUGCAACAGGAGCUCUUAAUGCAAACAAUCCAUUUUUAUGAGAAGCAAGACAACGUCUCGACUGUAGAAAAAGCAGUGAACAUGUGUUAUUAAGCUACGCAAUGCCUAAACCUAAUUAAACAUUUUUAUUUACGAAAUGAAAACUUCAAGCGAAGGAAAAUUAUUUAGUACGUUUACAACAAAUGCGUUUAUUAAGCUGAUUAUGAAUACAUUUUUCAACUGGCAAUGUUACGAACAAAGAUUAAUUAUUAUAAUAUAUUCGUCUAAAAAUAUUUCAAGAAAAAAAUCUCUAUAAAGAAUCUUUUUCAUCAA